AUGUUUCUGGAAACUGAGAAAAAUGUCUACCUCGCCACCUUUAAUUCAGAGGAGGUUAGCUUGUCCUUGGCUUACCUUGCAGAUACUUCUGAAGUCAUAAAUGUCUUGAAUUUGAAGCUACAAGGAAAAGACACAAUUAUGAUUGCCCACUGUGAUGCAAUUAAAACAUUCAUUGACAAGCUGCAGCUGUGGAAGCGUCGCAUCCUGAAGAGGAACACAGCAUCCUUUCCUCGUCUGAAUGAAGUCGUGAAUGAGAAGAACUUCUUCAGUGACAGCCUUAAAACCGGGAUUGAGGAUCACCUUGAAGGACUUGAAAACGAGUUUUAUCACUAUUUUCUUAACAUCAGCGACAGGAGUUUUGUAUUUAAUCUUGCCAGGAACCCCGUUUCCAUGGAAGUUGAAGAUGUUCCUGAAGCCUAA